GGUGGGGUGGGGUGGGGGGGGUCCUGUGUCUUAUGGGCACUGUGCCACAAGCGAAUGUGGACGAUAAAAGCCAAUGUUGACCUUACCUCAGCUGUGCCAAUUUCACUCUAGAGAGCCCUGGUUUAGAAGGACCAGUGUGACCGUGCGUACCACAGGUAGACUGCCGUCAGUCUUUCCAUGCAUUCCAGGCAUCUGGCCAAGUCUUACGAGCAUCCGACUGGGAAACAUCCCAUGGAACAGCCUUCCAGCUCGGGAUUCCUGGUUCGGUCAGAUCUGACAUCAUGUCAGAAUUCUGGCCUUCAGGGUAAAACAACUUUUUAAACACUUUCACAACUGAUUUUCAAAUGGCUUGUAUCAAUUAACAUACACAAAUUGAAAGUCGACCUCUGGUCACAGCACAACUAGCUUCACGCAAGCCAGCAUUAUCUUAAAAAUAGCUUGAAUAACAUUGACUCUUAUUGCGUAGGCAAUAGUCUUUCAUGCUGUAUGGAGCUAUGAUUAGGCGUACAAUAGCAGUGAUCUUAUUUUCGUAUGAAUCCCUGUAGUCAUUAAAGACGCCAAACAGAAACUAGAAAUGCAUCUGGCAGUUUUCCAGGCUCACUCUGGAUGUAUCUAGUAUUAGUAGCCAGUGUCUAAUCGUGACAGGUAUCAUAGUUAGUUUCUCCCGUCCCGUUCUUUAGCUUCAGUCAGAUUACAGCUUUGCGAUCGGAACCUCGAGUUCGCGGCCGGGACCGCGGAGAGGCCGAGCCGGUGUGGACGGCACCCGUUUAUCCCCGGACAGACCGUGCCAAGCGCUGCGGGCGCUCAGGCGUGUGCCCGGCUCCUGUGGGCCCAGCAGUGCGCUGGAAUGUACCAACGCGCGCGAAACAAAGACAAAAAAGAAAAUGAAAAACAAAAAAAAAUUCUGUUUGAUCAUGGAGGUGGAGGACAAAGGGCAUUAUGGGUAUAUUGGCCCCAGUGGCCUGGGAAGAUUCUUAUUUUGCUGUUGCUUCAGAAUAUGACUUAAUAUCAGGGUGGGGGUUGAGCUUCAUUUCAGCUCAGUCAGCUGAGGGAAUGUAUUGAAAUUGGGAGUUCACAAUUUGGAAAAAUGUCCAUAUUUGUCUGGUGGGGAUUUUUCCUGUUCAUUAAUUAAAUUUCAGGUAAUUGACUGAAUUGAAAUGGAAUUGAACCCGAACCCUGUUAAAUAUUAGUUUUUUUUUAAAAACUGUUUUAAACUUUUUUUUAAAUGAACUUCAUAAUUGUACUUGAAUGCUGGUUAUUUCACUGUCUUAACAGAAAAGUGAAAAGCUCUACAGACCAACGCCAAGGUUUUUUUUUUUUUCUUUCUCUGUGUCUGAACAAACAUACCUCUACUCAUCUUCCACUAAACAAUUCUGUCAGUAACAAUGCAAAGCUUGGGACCUUGGGGUUGUUAAUUUGUCACAAUGAGAUAUCAUGUACUGUCUUGUAUUUUAUUUUAUCUAAACCUGCCUGUAGCGUUACUUCACAUAGAGCACUGCAAAGCGAGUGAGACUUGAUUCUGUUGCAGAAGUUGUGUCUGGUUGGCUACACUGUCUGUAUAAACAUGCUCCCGCCCCGGGCUGCGUACUUAAACUGUGCAUGCGUGACUAACUCCUGCCCCCUGAGAUCGGGGGGACACUUAAGAGUGGCAGAAAUUAAACUAAUUAUUGCUGAUGCAUUUCUGAUGUAUUUUGUGGGGAGUGCGGGGAUGGCUUGAAAGAGUGACGUCCAGUAUAAAAGGUCGCGUGGAACCUACAUCAUUAUGCAUAAAAUGCGCGUCCAAUAGAAAAACAUCGUGAAAGAAAUGAAAAAUAAAUUCAGUGUUCAGCCAUGUUUUUUCAGCGCUACAGUAUGUGCGCUUCCCUGAAGAGAACAUGUCUGGCUGGCUAUGCUGGUGAUGGUGACUACCACCUAGUGUGCACUGUGCAGUUGCAUGAAGGCACUUGGAAAUUAAUGGAUAAAAAAGAGAGUCCAUUGUGUUUAUAAGCUCUGAUCUAGUUCGCUGAUAUGUAAGGAUGUGCAUACGGGAAUAUAGUAUUUUGUCUGUAAUGUGACAGAAGCCAAUAAAAGAUUGUUAACAUGAUUGUUAAGAUGUUAACAGGGCUACCCAUCUGGGGUUAAAAUGCAGAAAACAAUUCCCAGAAAGACACUAUUUGUGAUAAGGGGAAAAAAGGUUAUCUUGUACCUUGGGGAUAAUUACACUUCGGCCGUAUGAUGCACAUCCCUGCUGUUGGAAUACCGCAGGUGUUCCGCUUUCUGUUUUCCGCUUUAAAAUGCGGUAACUAUCUCUGUCCCAAAACUAAGUUUGGUGAGUGUAAUCGGCUGAUUUAAAAGGAAAAUAAAGUGUUGAUUUAACAGGAUAAACCAGCAGACUAAGGUCCAGAACUAGGGUUGAAGAAUAUGCAGAGAUUUUCAAACCUCAUGUUCAUACCACUGGGAAACAACGAUGCUUACCAGUGGGCAAAUAAUCUAGGAAUUACGGUACGUAUAGCCUCUGAGUUAGUGGUAUUGAUGACCAAAGAGGAUGACUACGCUUAAAUAUACCUUGAAGCGACAAUCCCCCGUAUUUUUCGAAGUUACCCCAGUUACUGAACGAAUAAUUGCACAACACGUCAAUAUUAGCUAGUGAAACAAGUACACGACCUCAUUCUUGAAAACUACAGUAAGAAAGAAAAUUCAGACAACAUAAACAAACUUGUUUGUCAAUAUGCCAGCGAAAACACCAUUGCCUAUGAUCAAACCCGAAUAAACAACGUUGUCACUACAGGCAGGUGUUUUAAUCUGACUGUUGUAGUCAUGGGAGUUGAAGUUCUAUUUCUGUCACACUGCGACACAUUGACAGAGCUACUGACUUCAAAUCCCACGAGCCUAUUGUGACCGCUUGCCCGCCUACGCAGGAUGCAACCAUCGGCGGUGGCUAAUCCUGUGUCAACACUAGGCUGAUGUGGAGCCGUGGAAACAGUGCUGAUAGCUAGUAGUAUUUAUUUUUUGGCUUUCUACUUUUCGGUGGUUUCUGAUAAACAAAAAAUGGACAACUCCGGCAAAGAGAAAGAAGCAGUUCAGCUUAUGGCUGAUGCAGAUAAGAAAGUGAAGUCCUCAGGCUCGUUUUUGGGAGGAAUGUUUGGGGGGAACCACAAGGUAGAGGAAGCAUGUGACAUGUACGCCAGGGCUGCCAACAUGUUUAAGAUGGCCAAGAACUGGAGCGCUGCGGGGAACGCGUUCUGUCAGGCGGCCAAGCUGCACAUGCAGCUGCAGAACAAGCACGACUCUGCCACCAGCUUUGUGGACGCUGGGAACGCUUACAAGAAGGCUGAUCCUCAAGAGGCUAUCAACUGUUUAAACACAGCCAUCGAUAUAUACACAGACAUGGGAAGGUUCACUAUUGCUGCCAAACAUCACAUCACAAUCGCAGAGGUGUACGAGUCGGAGCUGGUGGACAUCGAGAAGGCGAUUGCACACUAUGAGCAGGCAGCAGAUUACUACAAGGGGGAGGAGUCUAACAGCUCUGCUAAUAAGUGUCUGCUGAAGGUGGCCUCGUACAGCGCCCAGCUGGAGCAGUACCAGAAGGCCGUCGAGAUCUACGAGCAGGUGGGGACCAACACCAUGGAUAACCCGCUGCUCAAGUACAGCGCCAAGGAGUACUUCUUCAAGGCCACUCUCUGCCACUUCAUCGUGGACGAAUUAAACGCAAAGCUCGCGGUGGAGAAGUAUGAGGAGAUGUUUCCCGCCUUUUCCGACUCGAGGGAAUGCAAGCUACUGAAGAAACUUCUGGAAGCUCAUGAAGAGCAGAACAGUGAGGCAUUCACUGAAGCAGUAAAGGAGUUUGACUCCAUCUCCCGUCUCGACCAAUGGCUGACCACCAUGCUACUGCGCAUCAAGAAGACCAUCCAGGGUGACGCGGGAGAUCUGAAGUGAAGCAUCCACAUUGUCCACAACCACCCUCUUCUUCCUGUCCCACGGUCGCUGUGGCACAUUUCCCACAACCACCCUCUUCUUCCUGUCCCGCGGUCGCUGUGGCACAUUACCCACAACCACCCUCUUCUUAAUGUCCUGCAGUCACUGCGCACGUUACCCACAACCACCCUCUUCUUCCUGUCCCACGGUCGCUGUGGCACAUUACCCACAACCACCCUCUUCUUUCUGUCCUGCGGUCAUUGCAGCAUGUUACCCACAACCACCCUCUUCUUCCUGUGCAUCAGCCGCUCUCAGGCUCUCCUAACCCCCUUAUUAAUACUGCUGCAAUAGACAUGAAUAUUAAUAUGAAUAGAUGUACCUACAUACUCCAUACCCCCCGGCACUUCAGAAAUUAUAUCCUCUUUAUUGCCUCCC